UUCUACAUUUUUAUAGUUGCUCAGCCUUUGAAGUUCAUCUUUUACCUUGGUUGUAAUAGUUCUUCUACUCACCUCGCGUUGUACUCCCCCGCAUCCAUGGGAAGUGACAAGCCUAGUGAUCAGAAUUCUAAUAAUUUCUCAAGCAUUGCAGAUGAAAAAUCAGACACCCGAUUACAGCCUGCUGAAGGAUCAGAGGAUCAACAAGUGAUCGAUGAACGAACAGAAAGGCAGAAGAAGAUUGAUGAUUGGCUUCCCAUUACUUCCUCAAGGAAUGCAAAAUGGUGGUACUCAGCUUUCCACAAUGUCACUGCCAUGGUUGGAGCUGGUGUCUUAAGUCUUCCUUAUGCCAUGUCUCAUCUUGGAUGGGGUCCGGGAGUAGCGAUUCUGGUACUGUCAUGGGUGAUCACUUUGUUCACGUUAUGGCAAAUGGUUGAGAUGCAUGAAAUGGUUCCCGGAAAACGGUUUGAUAGGUACCAUGAACUGGGCCAACAUGCAUUUGGUGAGAAGCUGGGGCUUUAUAUUGUUGUACCUCAGCAACUAAUCUGUGAAGUUGGGGUGGACAUUGUGUAUAUGGUAACUGGAGGAAAAUCUCUGCAGAAGAUCCACAAAACAGCCUGCAAAAACUGCAAACCAAUCAAGACUACCUACUUCAUCAUGAUCUUUGCCUCUGUCCACUUUGUACUCUCUCAUCUUCCCAAUUUCAACUCCAUAUCUGGUGUAUCUUUAGCUGCAGCGGUCAUGUCCUUAAGUUACUCUACCAUUGCAUGGGCAGCUUCUGUCCACAAGGGACUUCAGGCAGACGUACAUUAUGGAGACAGAGCCUCAAGCACAGCAGGAUCGGUGUUCAAUUUUUUGAAUGCUUUGGGGGAUGUAGCUUUUGCCUAUGCAGGACAUAAUGUGGUUUUGGAGAUCCAAGCAACUAUACCUUCUACACCAGCGAAGCCAUCCAAGGGACCUAUGUGGAAAGGAGUCAUCUUUGCCUAUAUAGUCGUCGCGUUGUGCUAUUUUCCUGUUGCUCUCAUCGGUUACUAUAUUUUCGGGGAUAAAGUCGAAGACAACAUAUUGAUUUCGUUAGAGAAACCUGCAUGGCUCAUCAUAAUGGCUAACGCGUUUGUUGUUGUCCAUGUUAUCGGAAGCUAUCAGCUAUAUGCAAUGCCAGUAUUUGACAUGAUCGAGACCGUAUUGGUGAAGAAACUCAACUGUAAGCCUACAACAACCCUUCGCUUCAUAUCCCGCAAUAUAUAUGUUGCUUUCACAAUGUUUGUGGGGAUUACUUUCCCUUUCUUUGGAGGUCUUCUGGGAUUCUUUGGAGGAUUUGCUUUCUCACCAACAACAUAUUUCCUCCCUUGUACAAUGUGGCUUGCCGUCUACAAACCAAAAAGAUUUAGCUUAUCUUGGCUCAUCAACUGGAUCUGCAUCACACUGGGUGUUCUGCUGAUGAUUCUAUCACCAAUCGGAGGGCUAAGAACCAUCAUAAUUCAAGCUAAGAACUAUGAGUUCUACUCCUAAAUAACUCCACCACCACCACAUGUGGGGAAAUGCAAAUAAAUACUUUUUCUUUUACUUCAGAUCUGCAUUAUACUGGGUGUUUGUUGCUUGAUUGUUUCUGAAAAUGGAAAUGUGCCAGAGAACUUAAAAGCAUUUUCAAUUCAAUUGAAUUGCAAACCUUCCUAUC